AUGAUUUUUGUGGAAGACGCACUGGGAAUACCGAAUAUGGAAGAUGUUUUGUUCAUGGAUUCCGAGAUUGAGAAUGUGGAGGACAAUGUCAAUGUCGUGGAAGACGAAAUGGUAGAAGGUGAUUUGACUGUGCUGGAGGUUGGUAUGCAGUUUAAUGAUGAAAAAGAAGUAUACGAUUUUUAUGCAAGAUAUGCCUAUACCGUGGGUUUUCUAGUUAGGAAGAGGAGUUCUAUGAGAGAUGAUGAUAGUGUUUUAAGAUAUGUCACAUUGACGUCUAGUAGGGAGGAACGAAGAACUGGUAAUACAAACACUUCUUUGAAGCCACAACCAACAAUUCAAACGGGUUGCAAAGUUAGGAUCUCUGCAUCUUUAGAUAUCUAUGAUUAUUGGAAAAUUAACACAGUCGAUCUUGACCACAAUCAUAAGACGAGUCCUACUAAGUACAGAUUAUAUAGAUGUAAUCGAGAAAUGACGGCACACAUGAAACGAAAGCUCGAAGUGAAUGACAUAGCAGGAAUACCAUUGCAUAAAAGUUUUAACUCCGCAGUUGUUAAGGCUGGUGGCUACAAGAAUAUGACUUGUAUUGAAAAAUAUUGUCGAAACUAUAUCAAAAAGGAGAGACGACUAAGCCUUGGUGAGGGUAACGCAGCUGCAUAUAAAGAGUUUAGGGAUGUUGUAACAUUUGAUACAACCUACCUCACUAAUAAAUACAAUAUGCCCUUUGCCCUUUUUGUUAGCGUGAAUCAUCACAGGAUGUUGGGUGUCAUGUUUCUUAAAAACAACUUUUUGGGCGGUAGUCAACAACGUUGA